AGUAGUUAAGUUUAGGAUUUUAUCUUCUUCAUAUAACCAUUUCCUCCCAGGAUAGGAUUUCUGUGCAAAGUCAUGUUUUUUGGUCAAAAGAAUAUCCACACUGCACCAAAUGCAGAAAGGAAUAAUGGCCAUGCCCACCACCUAGUCGAUCUAAUGUCACAAAUAAAAGAUUACGUUUGCUUCCAACUAGGAAUCUCAUUUGCAUGCCAAAUGUUCCUUUCUUUUGCCACUCCAUUGCUAGAAAGAUUUGUUCUUUUUCCUCCUCACACAUUACAACUUUUCUUGUCUGAAUCCAUUUCCAACCUGGUUGGCAUGCAUUGUGAAAACAAGGAUUAUUUUGUGAUUUCAUCUAUAAAUCCCAUGGAAACCACGCAAAGAUUACAAAACCAGUAUUCAAAUCAUUCUUUUGUGGAGUUAUUUACAACUUAAUCUCUCUGAACAAUCCAAUGGCUGCUGUUACUGCACCCAUGUUGAAGAGGUCUGAGUCUAUAGCUGAUAGCAUGCCGGAGGCGUUAAGGCAAAGCCGGUACCAUAUGAAAAGGUGCUUUGCCAAGUACAUAGAAAAAGGGAGGAGAGUGAUGAAACUCAAGCAUUUGAUGGAGGAGAUGGAGAAAGUGAUAGAUGAUCAUGUUGAGAGGAACCAACUCUUGCAAGGCUUGCUUGGCUACAUUCUCUGCACUACAAUGGAAGCAGCUAUUGUUCCUCCACAUAUUGCCUUUGCCACCAGACAAAAUCCUGGAUUUUGGGAAUAUGUAAAAGUGAAUGCUUAUGAUCUAUCUGUUGAGGGGAUUUCAGCUACAGAUUACUUGAAAUUCAAAGAAAUGGUUGUGGAUGAUGAUUGGGCACAAGAUGACAAUGCACUGGAAAUUGAUUUUGGAGCAAUAGACUUCUCAAUUCCUCACUUGACUCUGUCGUCUUCGAUUGGCAAUGGGCUUGAUUAUGUGGCAAAAUUCCUGAGCACAAAGCUAAAUGCUAGAUCAGAGCUAGCACAGGCUCUUGUGGAUUACUUGCUUACCUUGAAUCACCAAGGAGAUAAACUCAUGAUAAAUGAGACCAUCAACACUGUCCAGAAGCUUCAAACUGCGCUUGUUGUAGCUGAUGCAGCCCUCUCUCUGGUGCCCAAAGAUACACCGUACCAGAGCUUUGAGCUGAGGUUCAAAGAGUGGGGUUUUGAGAAGGGAUGGGGUGAUACUGCUGAAAGAGUCCAGGAUACAAUGAGAACACUGUCUGAGGUGCUUCAGGCACCUGAUCCAUUGAACACACAGAAAUUCUUCAGCAGGCUCCCGACAGUGUUCAACGUUGUACUAUUUUCUGUCCACGGGUACUUUGGACAGGCAGACGUGCUUGGCUUGCCUGACACUGGUGGGCAGGUUGUUUAUGUUUUGGAUCAAGUGGUAGCAUUGGAAGAGGAAUUGCUUCUUAGAAUUAAACGGCAAGGUCUUAAUGCCAAGCCUCAAAUACUUGUGGUAACCCGACAAAUCCCAGAUGCGAAGGGAACAAAAUGCGACCAGGAACUCGAACCAAUCCUCAAUACAAAACACUCUCACAUCCUUAGAGUGCCAUUUAGGACAGAAGAUGGAGUACUUAAUCCAUGGGUUUCUAGAUUUGACAUUUAUCCUUACCUUGAGAGAUUUACUAAGGAUGCUGCUUGCAAGAUCAUCGAAAUGAUGGAAGGAAAUCCAGAUCUAAUCAUCGGUAACUACACCGAUGGGAAUUUGGUGGCAUCACUCAUGGCCAGUAAACUCGGGAUACCUCUGGGUACUAUUGCACAUGCUCUAGAGAAGACAAAAUAUGAAGAUUCAGACAUGAGAUGGAAGGAAUUUGAGCCCAAGUAUCAUUUCUCAUGCCAAUUCACAGCUGAUAUGAUUGCCAUGAAUUCUGCAGACUUCAUUAUCACAAGCACAUACCAAGAAAUAGCUGGAAGCAAAGACAGGCCAGGGCAGUAUGAAAGUCAUGGCUCAUUCACAAUGCCAGGCCUCUACAGAGUUGUUUCGGGCAUAAAUGUGUUCGAUCCAAAAUUUAACAUCGCUGCUCCGGGGGCAGACCAAUCUAUCUAUUUCCCCUACACGGAGAACCAGAGGCGCUUCAUCUCAUUUCGCCCUUCCAUCGAUGAACUUCUCUUCAGUAAAGUCGAUAAUUAUGAGCACAUUGGUUACUUGGAAGAUAAAAAGAAACCUAUCCUGUUCACCAUGGCAAGGCUUGACACAGUGAAGAACACAACUGGAUUAACUGAGUGGUAUGGGAGGAACAAAAGGCUGCGAAAUUUGGUUAAUCUGGUUGUGGUUGGAGGCAGCUUUGAGCCUUCAAAAUCCAAAGACAGAGAAGAAGCAGGUGAAAUAAGAAAGAUGCAUAUGCUGAUAGAGAAAUACCAACUCAGAGGCCAAAUCAGAUGGAUAGCAGCUCAGACUGACAGACAAAGGAAUGGCGAAAUCUACCGAGCCAUUGCAGAUACAAAAGGCGCUUUUGUGCAGCCCGCUUUGUAUGAAGCGUUUGGCCUUACAGUCAUUGAGGCAAUGAACUGUGGGUUACCAACCUUUGCAACCAAUCAAGGCGGCCCUGCUGAGAUCAUCGUCGAUGGGGUUUCGGGCUUUCACAUAGACCCCAACAAUGGCGAGGAAUCCAGCAACAAGAUUGCAGACUUUUUCCAGAAAUGCACUGAGGAUCCAGACUACUGGGACAGGAUUUCAGCUCAGGGACUAGCGCGUAUAUAUGAAUGUUACACAUGGAAGAUCUAUGCAAACAAGGUUUUGAACAUGGGGUCAAUAUAUAGCUUCUGGAGGAUAUUGUUUAAAGAUCAGAAACAAGCAAAGCAAAGAUAUCUCCAAGCCAUUUACAAUCUUCAGUUCAGAAACUUGGCAAAGAACAUUACAUCCAAAAGCAAUGAUGCUCCUCCAGAAGCUCCAAAACCAGAACCAAAACAAAAGCCCAAAGCACAGAGGAGUUCACAGUCCACACUACAGAGGUAAGAACCCUAAAUACAUACAUUGUCAACUGGGAAAUUGUGUUCUGAGAAACAGAACUAGAUGUAGCAAUGUGAUGAUUAUAUACAUGAAAGCAAUAACAAAUCUUUAUAUUCUUUUUUUAA